GUUGAAAGGUUAUAGUGUUUAAGAAAUGAUUCCUUAACAGUUAUGGACAAUAAUAUGACAAUAAAUGAUUUUAAUUCUGAUGGUAUAGAAACUGCUGGUGAUUUCUUAAGGGAGCCUAGUUCGUCUUGGGCAAAUGAUGAGGAAAAUGACAGUGAUAUUUUGUUUUUUCACCGAGUGGAAUCAGAUGAAAUUAUAUACCAAACGAAGAAAAAAAGGUGUAAAAUGGUAGGGAAAUAUGUGAUGGGUGAUUUAUUAGGUGAAGGUAGUUAUGGGAAGGUCAAAGAAAUGUUGGAUUCAGAGACUUUAUGUAGAAGAGCUGUAAAAAUUCUAAAAAAGAGGAAGCUCAGAAGGAUUCCUAAUGGUGAACAAAACGUUCAAAGGGAAAUUCAACUUCUAAAGUUAUUAAAACAUAAGAAUGUGAUAGAGAUGGUCGACGUACUUUAUAACCAUGAAAAAGAAAAAAUGUACCUAGUUAUGGAAUACUGUGUCGGAGUACUUCAAGAUAUGCUAGAAAGUACUCCUUUGAAAAAGUUUCCAAACUGGCAAGCGCAUGGAUAUUUUUGCCAGCUUAUGGAUGGACUUGAAUAUCUUCAUUCUCAUGGCAUUGUUCACAAGGAUAUAAAGCCGGGAAAUCUCUUGUUGACACUGGAAGGUACUCUGAAAAUCUCCGAUUUAGGAGUAGCUGAGGCUCUGGACAUGUUUGCACCCGAUGAUACCUGCUUCACCAGUCAGGGCUCCCCUGCGUUCCAGCCUCCCGAGAUAGCCAACGGAAUGGAGAGGUUUUCAGGUUUCAAGAUCGACAUCUGGAGCUCUGGUGUCACCCUGUUCAACUUGACGACUGGAAAAUAUCCUUUUGAAGGUGAUAACAUUUAUAGACUAUUUGAGGUGAUUGGUCGUGGUGAGGUUACAAUACCAGAUGAAGUAGACGAUCACCUUCGAAACCUCCUUGAGGGCAUGCUUCAUCGUGAACCUCACCUGAGGUUUAGCCUUCAGCAGAUCAUGUCUCAUCCGUGGGUCGUUCGUAAGCCAGCCUUGACAGAACAGAUCGUGCUGGUGCCACCGUUGAGAGGAAACUAUCGUCACUCGAUGACGGUGCUCCCGUACUUGUACGACUACCAUUACGGCCCGGAAGGUGGCUCCAACCAGUAUAUCACCGAGCGCCAGAUUCAAGCUGAGGAAAGGAGGCAAGCUGAAGAAGAAUUGGCUAAGCAAAAGUGCUCUGAAGGAAAGAAAUCUUGGACUUCGGGAAAGAAGUCUUCAUCAUCAAAUGCUUCUUCUUGCCUUUCGGUUCGCAAAUUGGCUACUUGUAACCCUUCCUGAUCCGCCCACAACGGGGAGGUUUGUCGCUGGCGGCCAGUGUUCGAAGUUUGGAAAACUUGACAACAAAUACUUUAGAGCGUUAUAUAACAAAUACAACCGUAUUACUAUUUGAUGCACGUCUUUCUCAGCUCUUUCUGCAUCGCGAUCUGCCUCUCAGCUGGCAUUAUGCUUCUCUUACUCGAUUUUUUCUUUGUAAUCUCUUCCACCUACUUUCUUUCUUUUCAAUACAUCAUUCCUCAAUUAAUGUUCAUAUAUUC